UGACUGCACGGCCGCCGCCGUCCCGGCAGCCUCUGAGACUCCAGCAGGCCGCUGUCGUCGUCGUCGCCGCCGCCGCCGCCGCCGCCGCCGCCGCCGCCGCCGCCGCCGCCGCCAUGGCUCAGUACAAGGGCGCCGCGAGCGAGGCGGGCCGCGCCAUGCACCUGAUGAAGAAGCGGGAGAAGCAGCGCGAGCAGAUGGAGCAGAUGAAGCAACGGAUCGCCGAGGAGAACAUAAUGAAAUCUAACAUCGACAAGAAGUUCUCUGCGCACUACGACGCCGUGGAGGCGGAGCUCAAGUCUAGCACCGUCGGUCUCGUGACCCUGAAUGACAUGAAGGCCAAGCAAGAGGCGCUGGUGAAGGAGAGGGAGAAGCAGCUGGCCAAGAAAGAGCAGUCGAAGGAGCUGCAAUUGAAGCUGGAGAAGCUACGAGAGAAGGAGCGCAAGAAGGAGGCCAAGCGGAAGAUCUCCAGCCUGUCCUUCACUCUGGAGGAAGAGGAGGAGGCAGGCGACGAGGAUGAGGAGGUGGCUGUGUAUGAGGAGGAGCUGGAGAGGGAAGAGAUCACUGCAAAGAAGAGGAAAUUGGGGAAGAACCCAGAUGUGGACACGAGCUUCCUGCCCGACCGAGACCGUGAGGAAGAGGAGAACCGGCUCCGGGAAGAGCUGCGGCAGGAGUGGGAGGCCAAGCAGGAGAAGAUCAAGAGUGAGGAGAUCGAAAUCACCUUCAGUUACUGGGAUGGCUCCGGGCACCGGCGGACGGUCAAGAUGAAAAAGGGCAACACUAUGCAGCAAUUCCUGCAGAAGGCCCUUGAAAUCCUGCGCAAAGACUUCAGCGAGCUCAGGUCAGCGGGGGUGGAGCAGCUCAUGUACAUCAAGGAGGACCUGAUCAUCCCCCAUCACCACAGCUUCUAUGACUUCAUUGUCACCAAGGCCCGAGGGAAGAGUGGGCCGCUCUUUAAUUUCGACGUUCACGAUGACGUGCGGCUGCUCAGUGACGCGACCGUGGAGAAGGAUGAGUCACACGCGGGCAAGGUGGUGCUGCGGAGCUGGUACGAAAAGAACAAGCACAUCUUCCCUGCCAGCCGCUGGGAGCCCUACGACCCCGAGAAAAAGUGGGACAAGUACACGAUCCGGUGAAUGUCGCCGCGCCUCCGGCCCCCUCUGCCCCCUUCCCGGGGCCUCCGGACUCCGGGCGCUGCCCCCCACUGUCCCGGUCCUGACGUGAAGGGCCGGCUGGCCCCUGCCCCUGCCGUCAUCAUUUACUGCCUUUGUCUUUUACAGUAAAUAAACACGUGUCCGAGUCGGAA